AUGAGAUAUAAUAAACAAGAAUUGGCUGCAUUGGCAUCUCAGACAUCUCAGAAUUUCGACCGGGAAGGCGUAUUGGUACUUAAAGAGAGACAGGAUGGAUUUUUCAGAAGAUCAGAGGGUUGCUCAGUCCGGUGGUUUCGUCUCCGAGGUAAUCUGCUCUUCUACUUAAAAGGACCAGAACCAUGGUAUGAACCCAUGGGAGUCAUAGUACUAGGACAUCAUAAGAUCAAGGUACAAUCUCAAGACGAAAAUGGACAUUGGCCCUUUCAGAUCACUUGGGACAAUGGCGUGUGUUACAAAAUGGCAACGUUUCACGAAUCAGAGCGGACGUUAUGGUUGAAGGCGAUUGAAUUGGCGCCCUACGAUAAUAUUCAAUCGCAAGCCGACGCGCUGAGGGAAAGACUGAACAAAAUCAGGCCCAAUCUAGAUAUAGCUACUUAUAGACUGCAGAAAGGAAUUGUGACUGAUAUGAACGAAGUGCCGCUGUGUGAGUUGGCACUCUCAUGCGACAAUCUUCUUUGUGACACACACGGCCGACCGCCAUCGCCUCUUGUUAUCAUUUACGUGAAGAACGAUAAAGGUCUCUGCAUUAAAUAUGGAGCCACUGAAAUUGUUGAGACAUGCAGUAACCCGUGCUUCUCAAAGACCAUACUGUUCCGAGCCAGUGACGGGCUGACAGGGUCUGCUUUGGUGCGCAUCGUGGUGUACGACGUUAAGGAGCGGGUCUCUGAGACUAUUGUGCCUAUGGGGUACACGUCUAUGCUGCUUAGUACUAUACAGGAGGCGCAAAGACUUCGAGUAGCGCUUAUCACGCGUGACCAAAAGACAGUUGGCUUCGUUACUAUAAAUGGAUGGAGUCUCGAACCUUCCUACAUUGGCACGAGUCCAAGCCACACGAACGAUAGAAACAGUAUAGACAUACCUCAUAAAGUACUCUGUCACAGACGUUCACAGUCACUGCCACCCAGACUUGGAUUAAAGCUAAAGUUCCCUUCAUACGGCAAUCUUUUGAAGCAGAACUUUGUCAACAGCCACCAAGUCACGUAUAGGUUCCAUUCAGGCCUUGGCGGCGAUAUAACAGUACACGAGAUUAUGGCUGAACCAAAAUUGUGCUUUACAAUGCCGAUACAGUUGCUAGAUAUCUACAUUCAGAGAGAAAAAGAGUUGUUAGACGAACUUCUCUCAGUAGGGGAGAUAUGCGGACAAUGGCAGACGCGACAACUGGACCUGGUCAGCACACACGUAUCGUUACUGAAGCACUACUGCCACUCACGACGGUGUAUGCUUAGUAUGGAGAAUCAACACUUCAAAGCGAGCAGUAGGAAAGAAGACGCGAGCUUGGAAUUCGCUCCGAUCAACCUCCAUCUGCAACGGAUGUGGGUGCAUAAUGACACCCUGAACAAAACUGGCUUCCACGAUAUCGUCACCGUUGGAGCCUUCGCAACACACACGCAUAAAGCUGAGCGAACUGGAGGAUUAAUCAGGCUAGUACAACAAGUAAAGGAUAUAAACAGCACUAAAGCAGAGAUGAAUUCCAUCACGAACAAGAUACAGGCUGAGUACGAUAACUUGGUGGCGGUGAGGAGACUUCGCGAGGGCAUCUCCGAAGAUAUGGAGAAGAUAAUCAUGCUGAUGCAGGCCCAGCAGUAUGGAGCCAUCACUGCAGUUGUAGAUGGCAUUAAAAGUAAAACAAAGAGUAUACUGGCGCAGUGGGAACCGGCCGUGGUAGAGGAGUCACUGUCUUAUAUCGGCUGGCCAAAGAACAAUAGCCCUGAUGACGGUGAUACACACAACGAGACACAACAGACAAUGUCAACAAUAAUGCGGCUAACAGAACAACUGAGUAUGUUCGACGCGAACUCAGACUGCGAUACGUUCGACGCUUCAUCCAGUUCAAGUUCAAAGGAGACCUCCCCCACUGGGGAAACUCCAACCCUCUCAUCGAGCGUACCAAACAUAUCUAACUAUCCAAAAAAGAAGGUCGCAGAAACAGAAUUACAAUUUCAUAAUGACUAUUUCAAAAAUGAAAUUGAAGAAAGGGAUAGAGGUGGAUUAAACCAUUCGUUUCGAUCUGUCAGAUUGUCUAAACCGAAGAUUGAUGGGCAAAGCCUAUCGUUUGAUUACACCAAGCGACAUGGCAGCUUGAGACAUGAUUUCAAGAGCUCCGCGUCACUCGAACAAGUGUCCUAUAGAAGUUUGGUGGAUAGUCUCAGGAAUGAUAAGAAAAAGGCGAUAGAAUUGAGGCGGGAGUCGGCAACAUUACCAGCUGUUGGACAACUGGAUCAAGCAACGAGAGACAACAAUCUAGCAUUCUUAAGAAAUGUCGGAAUCGUGGUCGAAGACUCCCUUACUUGUCUCGUAGAAGAGCUUAAUAGAGUCGUGAUCAAUAAUGCUUCAUCGGACGAGGACUUGGAGAGGAUAAAGGGCUUGAUGGAUGGUGUGAGGAGCAGUGCUGAUGAUGCAGCGAGGUGGAUGCGCCUAGCUCAUGCGGCGUUCCGGCUUAGGUGCGAAUCGCCGCAUUGGGCUCGCGAACACGCUGCAUUACAAACUAGAAGGGACACCUGCUUCUCUCAAGCGCUGUCAACAGUAACGGCGGGGCUGCUAUGCUGGUUAUGUUCAAUGCCUGGAGACAUCGUCGCUAAGAUACUUAGCUCUGGCCUUGGACCGCUGUGCGGGUUCGAAGGUCUACUGAGCCUGUAUUCUACUGAGAAGGCGAUGUGGGGUGACAUGGUGGUAGCUGUCGAAGAUCUACAAACUGUCGUGUUUACACUCACUAAAGUUGGUCAUAGCAAUUCAUCAGUGCCACAUGUCUCUGGAACCCGAGGAGCGCUCACCGUCUACAUUCCUAUUUCUGAUUCCCUUUAUACCAAAUUUACUUCUAAAGAGCAUCUAUCGUUCACGAUAACAGCAGUGUUCUUCAACAUCGGUGUCAAUGAGAAGGCGACGUUAGCCGAGGCUCUAGGAGAAACGACGCCGCAGUACCAUUCCAACAGUGAUAACUUGGACAGGUUGAACAAGUACUACCAUAAGUAUAGCAAGAUAUUCCCUACAGACCAUAUGGCGGCCAGCAGAGCAUCAUCCAGAACGAAGCCCCUCGAGGAAGUAAUGGAGACGCUGCGGAUAUGCGUGCACAAGAAGGUUCCGAAAAACGUAGAAGUUCUACACUUGGCUGCAUUAGCAACUAGACUCAUGAAUGGCGUAAGAUUCACAUCUUGCAAGAGUGCUAAGGAUAGGACGGGAAUGUCAGUGACGCUGGAACAAUGUUCCAUACUGGCUUCCGAGUACCAUCUAGCCGAACAUGAGAUGAAGAAGGCGCUGAGCAUUAUGAGAAGUGAGGGUUGUCGCAGAGAGAAUACACAGAAGAACAUUGGCAUCAGAAAGUACGCGUUCACGAAGAAACAGGUGAUGGCGUUGCCGGCCGACUACAGACCGCCACCUGGUACCUACGGCUCGACUCAAACGUAA